AUGCGACAGCUCGGCGAGUUCAUUGUCGUUCUACUGAUCGCGGCAAAUGACGCAGCAGCGCCGCGACGCGAUAAGCGACAAAUUGGGCAAUGCCAAUGUGCACAACCGUAUGUAGCAAUGCAAUCCGCUUGCGCUUCACCAUAUCAAAGUCUGCUGUCACCGGUGCUGUCCGCUCCUGUACCCGUAGCUUAUUAUCAGUCUCAGCAGCCUGCAGCUCCACCUCCACAACAACUCGUCCCGCAACCCCUACCUAUACAGCAAGUAUCUCACCCUGCAUACCCAUACCCACCACCUCCACAGGAAGUACCCGGACCUCAUCCUGGACAACCAAUUCCUCCUCCUGAAGAACAAGGGCCACAUCCUCUUCCUCUACCUCAGGAAGGUCAACCUCUGCCACCUUACCUACAGCCCCCGCCGAUGCCACCGACAUUUCAACCAGUUACCCCGCGUGUGGACCAAUCGGUCACAGACGUAGCGACAUCACCUACUACAAGCAAUACAAGGCUAUUUGACGGGCCACAAAUCGCCUAUCCAGGUGAUUUUUGUCAAGUACCACAGACGAAUGUCUGUAUAUGUCGACGAGGUGAAGAGCCAGUAAAUGGGCAAUGCGAGAGAGUUGAGAUUCCACUGAUGACUGAGACACCUGGAGCUCCCGCCACUCUCACUCCAAUCUCUAGCACUACUCCGCUCCCACAGUCAAGCUCAACCAGUCCCACAACGACAACUACUACAUCAUCAACUACUAUACCGCUACCGUCGUCUUCUGUAUUUACGGACACUACAAGAAUGGCGAGUACUGUUGUGACUACCGUACCCACAAGCACGCCAUCGCAGCAGAUUGCGAGCACACCAGUUAUGGGCAGAGAAGAUAUACCGCUUAUCCGCAACAAAGCAGAAGAUCAGGCUGUCCUAACUGUCCUCGAUGAGCAAAGUGUCGCACGAGAUGACGACGGCAAAUCAUCCUACACAAAAACACUUAUCAUGGAAUUAGAGCCUUCCAACUCCUCGAUUUCGUGGUCCGAUUAUUCGAUAACAGAAGACGAUGCUUAUGUUUACUGUCGUGUCGGUGCUGGUGGAACGCAAAGCGAGAAUAGAGAAGACACGAUUUGGAGGGACCAAUCGCCCCAACCAACUUUUGAAGACUGGGUUAGGGCAAGUCGUGACAGCGGAUUUGCUGAGAAAAUGCUCAGCAAUGAACACACCUACUCGGAUGCGGAACGAAAUGACGAUGACGAAGAAGACGAGGACCAUGACUACUACAACUUGCUAUUCCGUAAGACUGAGACGGAGCAUGACUAUACAUAUCCAGCAUUCAAUCAGAAGGAGAAUGAGGAAAAAACGGAAGACGAAAAGAUGGCGCAGUUGAAGGCGAAAGCGGCGAGAAGAUUCCAAGCGAAGUUCCGUCGUGAUGACAGUCGUCUCAGUGUGAUUUCUGCUAGAACUGUGAUCAAUGGAGCUCGUCCCUAUCGUCCAGCAACACGAACCCCUUCGACAAUUGAACGUUCAUCCGUCGUCAGACCGAUCUACAAGAACAGAUUGGGCAAGAAAAUGUGCUGCGUCGAAUGUCGUGAUGAAGAACUCGAGCAGCUGAAUUUGCCAAAAACACACACAUACGAAAAUGUACUGGGUGUCUCGAGAGAAAACGACACAAUCGAGCUAUACGGAAGACUGUUAAUGACUGCGAUGUUGGAGUUACGCACAGCUCCGGGAGGAAUGCAACGAACUGCAGCUUUGCAGAGAAAGAUUGAGAAAAUUUUGCGAUUACACACAACGAUCGACUUGACCAAGACUAGCGACGAUUUUGAGACGGCCAUAAAACAAUUUGAACAUCUGGUCGAACGUCGUCUUCGUGCUAUCAACGACAUUUCGCCGUCUUGCUAUCAGAAAAUCGCCGACAAACUUUGCGCGACGCAGAGCGCAGCCCGACGGCAGAAAACAAUGUCCGUUCGAUUGGCUGCCAUUCGAAAAGGCAUACAGAAAGUAUUUAGAAUCUGA